CUUUAAAAAAACUCUCAGUGAAGGAAAAAAUAACCCACCACCACCGAAGCGGCGAAGAGAAUCCCCGGGCAGGACAAGGCCUCAGCUCGUGAGAGGCAGCGAGUAACCGUCACUCCGUGCAGUUUGUGUUUAAUCUUUAUAGAAAAUGAAUCCAAGUGCUCCCAGCUACCCCAUGGCUUCCCUGUAUGUUGGAGACCUGCACCCUGACGUAACAGAGGCUAUGCUGUAUGAGAAAUUCAGUCCUGCUGGGCCAAUUUUGUCAAUCAGAGUCUGCAGGGAUAUGAUCAUAAGACGAUCUCUUGGUUAUGCUUAUGUAAACUUUCAACAACCAGCUGAUGCUGAACGUGCUUUGGAUACAAUGAACUUUGACGUCAUAAAAGGCAAGCCAGUGCGUAUAAUGUGGUCUCAGCGUGAUCCAUCUCUCCGUAAAAGUGGAGUAGGCAACAUUUUCAUCAAGAAUCUGGACAAAUCCAUUGAUAACAAAGCACUGUAUGAUACAUUUUCUGCAUUUGGGAAUAUCCUAUCAUGCAAGGUGGUGUGUGAUGAAAAUGGUUCGAAGGGCUAUGGAUUUGUUCACUUCGAAACCCAGGAGGCUGCAGAGAGGGCAAUUGAUAAAAUGAAUGGCAUGCUUUUGAAUGACCGCAAAGUAUUUGUUGGGAGAUUCAAGUCCCGCAAAGAACGAGAAGCAGAGCUCGGUGCAAGAGCAAAGGAGUUCACAAAUGUCUACAUAAAGAAUUUUGGUGAAGACAUGGAUGACGAGAGACUUAAAGAAAUGUUUGGCAAAUAUGGACCAGCCCUCAGUGUUAAAGUUAUGACAGACGAAAGCGGAAAGUCCAAAGGCUUUGGUUUUGUUUCUUUUGAAAGACAUGAGGAUGCCCAGAAGGCUGUAGAUGACAUGAACGGAAAAGAUAUGAAUGGCAAAGCAAUCUAUGUUGGCCGUGCCCAGAAAAAGGUGGAAAGGCAAACCGAGUUGAAGAGAAAAUUUGAACAAAUGAAACAGGACCGAAUUACUAGAUACCAGGGUGUUAACCUUUAUGUAAAAAACUUGGAUGAUGGCAUUGAUGAUGAGCGUCUUCGCAAAGAAUUUUCACCCUUCGGGACAAUCACAAGUGCUAAGGUAAUGAUCGAAGGUGGUCGAAGCAAAGGAUUUGGAUUUGUGUGCUUCUCCUCCCCUGAAGAGGCCACCAAAGCAGUCACUGAAAUGAAUGGUAGAAUUGUAGCCACAAAGCCUCUGUAUGUUGCUCUGGCACAGCGCAAGGAAGAGAGGCAAGCACAUCUGACCAACCAGUACAUGCAGAGAAUGGCAAGUGUUCGUGCUGUACCCAAUCCAGUGAUCAGCCCUCAAUCCAGUGAGCCACCACCCUCCAGCUACUUCAUGGCUGCAAUCCCACCUGCUCAAAAUCGUGCUGCAUACUACCCUGGACAGCUUGCUCAGAUUAGACCAAGCCCCCGUUGGACUGCUCAAGGUGCCAGGCAUCCAUUCCAGAACAUGCCAGGUGCCAUCCGCCCUGCUGCUCCAAGACCACCAACCUUUGGAGCAAUGAGACCAACCUCUUCCCAGGUCCCACGUGUUGUGUCUGCGCAGCGCGUUGCAAAUACAUCAACACAGACCAUGGGUCCUAGGCCAACAGCUGCUGCAGCGGCUGCUGCUGCUACUUCUACUGUGCGUUCUGUUACUCAAUAUAAAUAUGCCGCUGGUGUCCGUAAUCUUCAACAACAUCUUAGUACCCAACCUCAAGUUGCAAUGCAGCAGCCUGCUGUCCAUAUGCAAGGCCAAGAGCCUCUGACUGCUUCCAUGCUGGCCUCUGCUCCUCCACAGGAGCAAAAACAAAUGCUGGGUGAGCGUCUGUUCCCACUGAUCCAAGCUAUGCAUCCUAAUCUCGCUGGUAAGAUUACUGGCAUGUUGCUGGAGAUUGAUAAUUCUGAGCUGCUUCACAUGCUGGAGUCUCCAGAAUCUCUCCGCUCUAAGGUGGAUGAAGCUGUUGCUGUGUUGCAAGCCCACCAAGCUAAGGAGGCUGCCCAAAAGGCUGUGAGCAAUGCUACUGGCGUGGCUGCUGUUUAACAUGCAUGCAGAUGGAACUUCAAAGAACUUCACUGAAAAAUUUCAAAACAUGGAAAAACUUAAAUCUUGCAAAAACACUGCAAAACAAAAUAAAAUCACAUAAAAAAGGAAAGGAAACUUCAAUGCUUACGUACGGAGUAAAUGCCAGGUCUGGCAGGUAUUGCUAGUCCUAGAUAUUAAAAAAAAAAAAAAAAAGCAAAAUAUAAAA